GAUGUUGCAUGCCCUGCAGCAGGAAGAGAUUUUCAAUGUGUUCAUUGACGACUGGAAGUCUCUGGGAGCAGGACUUGAAGCCUUAGACCAGACUGGGUACGAGUCUGUGGGUCUGCUGCUUCUUAAGACCUAUGCAGACCACAAGUACACCAAGAACAAAGUCAUCAGCAGCGUUAACUGGCACCCCACCUUCUACGGUAUGAUAGCUGUGGCUUUGACGGAGCGAACUGAGGAGCAGUCAGACAACUGCACAGAUUUUACCCCCAAACGUUCUUUCAUUGUCUUCUACAACUUGGCUUACUCAUCCAAAGCCCAGGUAUGAAAGAAAAACAAACAAACAAACA